AUGGAAAGUAAGAAAUAAGAAUAUGAAUUCCCUUUUGAGGAUGCCUAUAAAGAAAUUCGUGGAAUCCUCAAAUCUAUAAAGUAGAAACUUAGCUUGAUAGAAGAUUAAAAGACAUUUAGAAGGGACAAGAACUUGAGGAACAUGUGGCUAUCCAAUUAAUUCAUGGAGAUCAUAAUAAAAAUGGCAAAAGUUGUUGGGGGACCUCUCCUUAAAAAUGUCAUUGAUAUUAAUACUCUCAAGAACCCAUUGAAUAAUACACGUAUUAAAGACAGCAAUAUUUAAUCAAAGUAAAUAAGAAAUUAACCAUAAUAUAAAAGUCAAAGAGAUAAAAGUUAUCGAAGACCCAGCUCAAUUAAUUGUUUGUAAUUAGAAUUUGAUAGUAACGCUAUAAAAAAUUUGAAUGAUCAAACAACCAUUAAAUAUAAUCCAGAGUAAUAAUUUAUGUAAUUCAAACAAAGCCUAAAUAGUAGAUUAGAAAAACCGUUAGAAGUAGUGCAACGUUUAGAUUCUCAAAGAUAUAAAUAAAUGAGUAAAACAAGUCGAAUAGUUAAAAAUGAUCCUAAAAUAUUUAACAACAUUUUGACUAGAUUUAUUCCAAAAUUAAACUAGAAAGAUAAGUCUAAGUUAGAAAUUUAAUCAAAAGUUUUAUCAAAAAGCAAGAAUCGAAAGGCUAAUGGAAAUAGUUAAGAAGUAAAAAUACAUUAAAAUAUUGAAGUGAUGGAUUAAGUUAAAGAAGGAAACAUAGACCUAAUCUCUAGACAUGAUAAUGUAUUGCUAUAAGGCGCUUUCACAUUGACUCUUAAAUCAUCAAAUGACAAGGUAAAUGAAAUUUUAGCUGAGUUAGUUGAUUAUAACUUUCCUGCCCCUUCAAAUAUCCAUCCUAAUCCUAAUAGAAUCUUUGCAACUACAUUCACUAUCGAUGAAAAUGAUAAAUAUCAAGGUGAGAUUGAUAGAUAUACGAGAUAACCAGAUGGUAGAGGGAGAAGAAUAUAUUCAGAUGGUUAACUUUAAGAAGGAAUUUGUGGAUCUUAUUAUUUCGGUGAGAUUCAAAAUGGCCAAAGGAAUGGAAAAGGGUAAUACAUUUUCUCGAGUGGAAGUGUGCAAGAGGGAAACUUCCUCAACAGUAAAAUAGAGGGAUUAGGAUUUUAUUGGUACUAUAAUGGCAAUUAUUAUUAUGGAGAGUACGUAAAUGAUAAGAGAUGUGGCCUUGGAAUCGCCAAGUAUGAUGAUGGGAUUUUAAUUGGAUAGUGGAAGAAUGGCUAAACAGAUGGAAUUGUAAUGUAUGUUCCGUAAAAUGGAGAUUUAAUUGAAAUAAGAAAAUAUGAAGAUGAAUAGCUUUAUGAGACAUUGUAUAGUACUGAGAAUACAUUAUUUUAAAAUACUGAAUGUCAACUCACUUGA